GUUGUUAUUUACCUCGCUGAAACUCUUGAUAGGUUAAUUUCCUGACAGCCACACCAAUCCAGUAAAGUUGCUGAGCUGAUGGAUGAGAGAAAACACCGACUGAGUUCCUGGUUCCCUCAGCUGAUGGUCCUGGCUUCGGUCCGACAGUUGCCAAACCCUGAUGAUUGUGCGCCAUUUCACCUGUAGAGGCAUAAUAAAGUCUCACCUGUAUGCCCACCUGAAAAGGCCCUGGGGCAGCCAAGACAUGGCCAGACCCAGUUCAGACCUAGCAGCCUUCAGGGAGAUUUUCUCCAAGGCCAAAGAUGUAGUCAUCAUCACCGGAGCAGGGGUGAGUGCAGAGAGUGGAGUCCCCACCUUCAGAGGAGCAGGAGGCUACUGGAGAAAAUGGGAAGCACAGAAACUUGCUACCCCAGAGGCCUUCUCCAGAAAUCCUUCCCGUGUUUGGGAGUUUUACCAUUAUCGCAGAGAGGUCAUGCUCACAAAAAAUCCCAACCCCGCCCACCUGGCCAUUGCUGAGUGCGAGGAGCGACUGAGCAAACAGGGACGUAAGGUGACAGUCGUCACUCAAAAUAUCGACGAGCUCCACCGCCGCGCAGGAUCCAAAAACAUCCUGGAAAUCCACGGAAGUCUGUUUAAAACACGCUGUAUGAGCUGCGGUCAUGAAGCAGCAAAUUACAAGAGCCCCAUCUGUGCUGCUCUGGAGGGCAAAGGAGCUCCAGACCCCGACACAAAUGACGCCCAGAUCCCUGUUGAGCAGCUGCCCAGGUGUGAGCAGAAUGGCUGUCACGGUCUCCUGAGACCAGCUGUGGUUUGGUUUGGAGAGACUCUGGACUCAGACAUCCUCACCAGUGCAGAGAAAGUGUUGGACAGCUGUGACCUCUGCCUCGUGGUUGGCACUUCAUCCGUUGUGUAUCCAGCGGCCAUGUUUGCUCCACAGGUGGCAGCCAGAGGAGUCCCUGUGGCCGAAUUCAACAUGGAAGAUACACCAGCCACAAUGCGCUUUAAGUUCCACUUCCACGGCCCCUGUGGGACCUCGUUACCCCCCGCGCUGGCACGCCAUGAGACUGAAGAAAAUUAAAAAUGAGUCCUGGACAUCAGCUGAUCGCAAACCGUACUGUCUUAACACUGGAGAUCUUCAUUGGUACAAAUACCAAAAAUAAUGGGUUGAAUAUAGUGAGUACCAAACAUGAACAGUCUGGAGAUCAUGAAAAAUAAGGCCAACAAAUUUAAAGACAAAAGGGAAACUGUUUGUUUAAGUUACACACAUUUAAACAUAAUUGUUGAAUUAUGAAGUAACAGAUGAGUCCCUUGUCAUUUUAUCAAGGGAAGCAUUUCAAUUUUUAACACUGAAUAUUGAACAUUGUAGCAAAUAUUGCUGCAGUGCCAAAUCACACCAGUGCUCUGUGCUGCCUGCAGCCAACACCACCAAAUUGAAGUUAUAAUUGUGAAACUUGUGUUUCUAUGAGUGCAACAUUAUAAAAAGUCAUGUUGAAAAAGAGUGUGAUGCAAAUGAAUAGCAUUGACUACAGUUGAAAGCUGAUCACAUGUCAGUCUUUUUGCAUUAGAUGAAUAUUGAAUGUCUGACAGUAGGGGGCAGUGUUUAUCUGCUGCUGUGUCAGCCACUACAUCUCCAGUUAGGAGAAAAAACUGACUCCUCCCAAAGGAUCUGUGGGCUCUGCCUGGGAUAUGUGGAGUGUUUGUGUCAAUUCAGUGUUGUCUGAAUUUAUGGACCGUGAUGAAUACUGUGUAUGAUGCCUUCUAGUGGCCAUGAGUAAGCUCCAGUUAAACCAGGGAAACCAGUGACUGUGCAGUUCCUCUGCUAGAUGAAAUGUUUGUUACAUGUAUUUUAAGGUUUGGACAUGAUUAAAGAUGCAUUUUAAAUGAAGUACACUGAAAUAAAUGCAAGCUCAUAAAAUGAAGAGUA